AUGCCACCAAUCCGCACAACCCGCAACGCAAAGCCUCCCCCCGCAGGCUUCGACGACAUCGAAGACACCCUUUUGGAGUUCAGCAACAAAAUGAAAGAUGCCGAGAAUGCGCCUCACGAAGGGAAAAAGAGGCAUGAAGUGCUCUGGCCUGUAUUCCAGAUUAGUCAUCAACGAUCCCGCUACAUCUACGAACUCUACUAUGAAAAAGAAGCCAUCUCAAAACAGUUAUAUGACUGGCUGCUGAAGAACAAGUAUGCGGAUGCAAUGCUGAUUGCGAAAUGGAAGAAGCAGGGUUAUGAAAAGUUAUGCUGCCUCCGAUGCAUACAGACGAAAGAGACCAAUUUCAACUCUACGUGUAUUUGUCGAGUGCCCAAAGCUCAGCUAAAGGAGGAGCAGGCGAUACAGUGCGUUAAUUGUGGGUGUAGGGGUUGUUCGAGUAGUGAUUAA